AUGCGUCUUUUUAUAUCGUUGGCACUGGCUGGUCUAUCGACCCCAGUCUGGGCAUCGCUCAACGACAGGGCCACAUCUGACGUCCCGCCUUAUGUCUUGGAAUAUGCACCCUUGGUCUGGCUCCACAGCCAGGAAACAUACAUGCCGAGUGAUAUCCAGCAGCAGCUCGAUCAUACCAAGCCCAAUGUGAACUGGACGGUCAUCGAGGGAGUGCAGUCACCACUCAACCUCAACAACCUUGACACACUCAAUUCCCUGGGUAAUACAAGCGUCUAUUUGACCUCGCUAGAGGGCAUCGAAGCCAAUCCUGAGCCAGCCUGGUUCCGGGGUAUUAGACCAGACUCACAGGGACGAACCAGUAAUGGUACAGGGAGUGUCAUUAUUAUCGCAGAUCGCAGCAAUGGAACCGUUGAUGCAUUCUACUUUUACUUUUAUGCAUUCAACAAAGGCAGCAAGGUACUGGGCCUGGAAUUCGGCGACCAUAUCGGAGACUGGGAACACAACAUGAUCCGCUUCGUCAAUGGCGAACCCAAAGAAAUAUGGUAUAGCCAGCAUGCCAGUGGACAGGCAUUUACCUACGCUGCUGUCGAAAAGAAGGACAAGCGGCCGUAUGUGUACUCCGCGAGAGGCACGCAUGCUAACUACGCAAUUGCAGGAAACCACGACCACACCAUCCCAGGCUUCAACCUUCCUGCAGGCUUUCUGAUGGACUAUACAGACCGCGGCAUAUUAUGGGAUCCCAUGCUUAAUGCCUACACUUAUACCUACGACAAAACAACUGCUGCGUUCAAGGCUGUGAACUCCGAAGACCCGGUAGCGUGGUUGGAUUUCAAUGGGAGGUGGGGUGACGAUCAGCCGCCUAAUGAGCCCGAGAUAUUUGGCCAGGCCAAAAACGUUGGUGGUCCAAAUGGUCCUAAGUUCAAGAGCUUGGAUAGACAGAAGGUGUGUCCUUCCAACUCGUGCUUUGUGCUUCCGAUUCGGACUUUCUCUGGGAAGGCUUCGUGA